CAGAAUUAUGCAAAAUCGAAAUUGCGGGAUGUUUGGUUUUCAUCCGGUUUGUAUCGGUAAAUAAAUCUCUCAUCCGGCCCAAGUAAAAAUUGUGAUUAUAAAAUGACCCACUCAGCUCCGCCUCCUCUGAAACCCUAAGUUCCGCUGUAAAGUCUCCCGGUUUUUCUCACCGCCGUUAUCUCUCUUACUGGUCGAACUCCGAUUUGAAUUGAUUCGUUUUCUAUUGGUUUGGAGUUGAAACAGCAAUUGAACCGAGCUGGUCUUCUUCACUUCGAUUUUUGCCCAAUCUUUGUCUCUAUCAACGACAAUGAAACGAUGUUUGAGAAAUGGAAGUGGUGUGAAUGAGGACAGGAUCAGUGACUUGCCUGAAGCUCUGCUUCUGCACAUACUGUCUUUACUUCCAGUAAAAGAUGUUGUAUCCACUAGUGUUUUGUCUAAACCAUGGAGGUCUCUCUGGAAGCUGGUGCCCAAACUCAAGUUUGAUUAUGAAAACUUUCAAAGUGAACACGAGACAUACUCAGAGAUUGUUUGCAGGCUUUUGCUUUCCAAUAAAGCUCCUGUUCUUGAGAGUUUGCAUCUCGAUUUUAAGGUUGGCAAGUGUCGUGCUGCUGAUGUUGGGAUGUGGAUUGGAAUUGCAUACGCACGCCAUGUGCGUGAUUUGGUACUCCAUGUUAUAUCUGAGAAAGGGUCUUUCACAUUUCCUACAAGCUUGUAUAAUUGUGAAACACUAGAGAGCUUGACACUCAGGAGUUGGGUCCUCGUUGAUGUCCCUGCUCAGGUUUGUCUGAAGUCUCUUAGAACUCUGCAUCUUGACUAUGUGGACUACAAAGAAGAUGAAACAUUUCUUAACCUUUUAUCUGGUUGCCCUAAUCUUGAAAAUUUGGUACUGUAUCAAGAAGUACCGGAUAUGGAGACUUUCACUAUUGCAGUGCCAUCGUUACAGAGACUAACAGUUGUUGAUGCAAAUGAUGCAAAAGGGCAUGGUGGUUAUGUGAUAAAUGCUCCUUCUUUGAAAUACUUGAAGAUUUACGGGUUUAAGGCUCUUGAGUUUUGUAUGAUUGAGAAUGCGCCGGAGUUGGUGGAGGCAACUAUUAUGAAUGUCUCCAAGAUAAUCAAUGAGAAGCUUCUCGAAUCCCUCACUUCAGUCAAACGUCUUUCCUUGGCUUUAUCACCCUUGGAGAUUAAGUUUCCAACUGGUAGCAUCUUCUAUCAGUUGGUAUCUUUGGAGCUAUAUACAAAUAAAGCAGAGUGGUGGAAUCUACUUUUGUUGAUGCUCGAUAGUUCUCCUAAAUUGAAAGUCCUCAAGCUCAUUGGUGAAUGGUCUGGUGAAAACAAUCAUUUAGCCAAUAGGAAUUGGGAUCAACCAAAGAAUGUUCCUGGAUGUUUGUUGUUUCAUCUCGAGACAUUCAUGUGGAAAGGCUGCAAAAAGCUUGGAGAAGAUGAAAAGGUGGUGGCCAAAUACAUCCUAAGGAACUCAAAUCGUUUGAAGAAAGCAACUUUCACCAGAAAAAUCUAUGAAGAGAACAAUUCUCAAGACAUGGUUGAGAAUCUUGAGAUGGUGGAGGAAUUGGAAAGUGUGGUCAGGACUUCAAAUUCAUGCCAGCUUGUGUUCGAAUGUAACUUACACACAUUACGAAGGUGAAGGAUUGGAAAAUGUGGUCAUGGCUUCGAUGCCAAGUGCCAACUUGUGUUCAAAGAAACUGAUAACACAUGCAACCAAGUGUUAUAAACGUCUUAUUUCACUCUGUUUUUAAAUUCGCAUUGGUUUUCGAUGUUGAGUUAUAGUAUGUUUAACCGGUUCAAAAUUCUGAGCUUUAUGUAUUGUCAAGGUUAUAAAAUCUUGGUUUUCAUUUGUGUGUUUAUUAUCAUUAAAAAAUAGCCGUAGUAAA